AUGUCGAUCUGGUGGUUCAUUAUCUCACGAUUGGUCUUACUUUACAUCAUCGCCGUUAUUUUCACAUUUGUCAAGUCUUACAAAGAUGAUUACGACUUAGCCUCGAGCGACUACCAACCCAUGAUCUGCUUCUUUUGGAAUAGCUUCGAGAAUUGCGACCCUGAGAUUUCCUCCAACUUAGAUAAUUAUGUGCCCAAGAUAAAGGAGGAUCCUGCUCCAACUACAGAUGCUCAUGAGCUCCACCGAGAUGCUCCUGAGCACGACGCAGAUAUUCAUAAGCCCGAUACAGAUGCUCAUAAGCUCGAUGCAGGUGCUCCUGUACUCAACAUAGAUUUCGUAUCUCUUGAACAAGAGGUCGAGAAGACCGGUCCAGUGUCACACAUCAAACUGUAUAACAGUCGAAUCGUAGAUUUGAUAGAGUUGAAAAAGAUUCACACGAAUCUAGCUUCAAAAUUCCACAGCCAGCACCUGGAAAUUCGCGAUAUCAUGAUUCGCAUAAAACUCCUCCCAAAAGCUUCAAAAACCCUCAAAACUGCUUCGACAGCAUACUACGAAAGCUUCGGCCACACAGAGAAGUUAAUGAUGCUCUUGAACAAAAAUAUUGAUGGGCUUGCAUCUUCAACUAUACUUUGGAACGUCUUUUCCGUCGGUAGUAUCUUGUACCAAGCCCAAAGGUACGACCUACCUCUUUCGGACGCCGAAGCGGAGGAAUUUAGCAAGAAGACGAAGGCUUCGCUGGGUUUUGCUGUCGAGAACCUGCUGAAAGAUACCACCAAACUUAUCUCGAGAGCUAAAGAGCUGAAAGCUUCGAGCGAUGUACAGCAUAUAACCAGUCAACACGCCUCAUUGAAGACCGUAAAGUGGUGGAAGGGUAAGCUUGCUCCACAUCGCAAGCAUUUUAAUUCACUUGAAGCGGAAGCCGAGUCAUUGGCAAGCUACUUCACGUCAAUUAGUACCAUCGAUGGAUUUGCGUCCGAAGUUGAGGAGCAACUCGUGGUGCUGGAGAAGCAAUUGAAAUCAGUUCAAGGACUGCUCAAUGAAGACAGCAGUAUCUUGGAAGGGCAGGGAAUUGAACAAUUCAGUCAAGAGCUAGUUGCAGUGCUUGAACAAGGGCAGGAUGUUUUGAAGACGUAA